AUGCGUCGCGUAGCUGUGAGAUCCUUCCGGACAUCCUGCCAAAGCGCGGCCCGGGGCCUGUCGAGAAAUACCUUGGCCCUGCGCACGCGACGGGCCAGUCUGAUCGCGCACCAGCAGUACACCCUCAGUAACACCAGUGCUCGUCUCGGCCAGCUACGAUCGUUGAGCACUUCCUCCUCUCUCGCCUCCUCUUCCUCCAAGACUUCUCCCGCUUCGUCCUCGACCCUCUCGCAGCGCAACCGACAGCAACAACAUGCGCUAGGCCAGCCUCUCCAAUCCUCCAUGUACUUUAGACGAUUCUCAGUUGCUCUAGUCGGCGGUCUUGUUGGCUACGGCGCCUGGUACGGUUACAAGGACAACGGCACAGAAACGGCCGCUGCCCCGUACUCGACCUCAUCCAAAUUCCCCAGCCAGAAUGCGGCCACGACCCGCAACGUUCUAGUCGUUGGUGCUGACGAGCUACACACGGGUACUUUCGUGGGCGAGGGACCGAUUGCCAAGAGUGCCGACGGAACAGGCCAGAACAACGUCCUGGAGAUGUUGACCCCAGACCAGGCCACCGAGAAGUUGCGCGACAACGAGGCAUCCUUUGUGGUGAACAGAGGACAGGGCGUCUUGCGGUACGAUAUUGUACAACUAGCUAGCAACAACCCAAUCGAGGAUGACCACGCCGAGAAGAUUGUCGAGGUUUCCAUGCCCUCGGCUGAGCAGCAAGCAAAGGAUGCCAACGAUUGGAUGUUCUGGGGAGUCUUUGACGGUCACGCUGGAUGGACAACAUCAGCCAAGCUGCGCCAGACCCUUAUUAGCUACGUCGCACGAGAGCUCAACACUACCUACAAGGCUGCACACUCUCUAGGUGCUGCACCAUCGCCUGAGGCCAUCGAUGCCGCCAUGAAGCUCGGUUUCACCAGAUUGGACAACGAGAUUGUUCACGAGAGCGUUGACAAGGUCCUCAAGUCCAAUUCCAAGCGUGUUGCUGCCGAACUUCUCGGACCCGCUCUUUCGGGUUCCUGCGCUCUGCUGUCAUUCUACGACAGUGCCUCCAAGACAUUGAGAGUCGCCUGCACUGGCGACUCGCGUGCUGUGCUCGGUCGCCGGAGUACCUCUGGCAAGUGGACAGCCACUGCUCUUUCCGAGGACCAGACCGGUAGCAACCCCAACGAGGCCGCCCGUAUGCGCAAGGCACAUCCUGGCGAAGACCAUGUUGUGAGGAACGGUCGUGUGCUUGGUGGUUUGGAACCUACACGUGCCUUUGGUGACGCCAGUUACAAGUGGACGAGAGAAAUCUCGGACCGCCUCCGCUCCUCCUUCUUUGGCCGGACACCAUCGCCCCUAUUGAAGACGCCACCCUACGUGACCGCCGAGCCAGUCGUUACCACCACCAAGAUUCAGCCUGAGCAGGGCGACUUUGUAGUCAUGGCAACAGAUGGUCUUUGGGAAAUGCUGACUAACGAGGAAGUGGUCGGUCUUGUAGGAAAGUGGAUCGAGAGCGAACAAGUCGCCAGCCAAUCCAACUCCCAGUUCAACAAGGUCUGGUCCAAGAUCUUUGGCUCGCCGCAGGACCGUCUCCCCGUGGAAGCACACAAGGGCGGUCACGGCGACGAUGGCCAAAAGACACCCAUCCGCGUAAAGCAAUGGGGCAUCUCUCCCGACGAGAAGGAGAGGUUUGUCGUAAAGGACAAGAAUGUAGCCACGCAUCUCAUCCGUAAUGCUCUCGGCGGCAAGAACGAGGAGCAGGUUUGCGCUCUUCUAACUCUAGUCUCGCCCUUUUCCAGACGAUACCGUGACGAUUUGACCGUUCAGGUCAUCUUUUUCGGCAACGGUGAGAAGACGGGCGAGGUACUGAUGAACCAAGACGCCACGACGCCGCCAAAGGGUGCCGUCAAGGCCAAGUUGUAA